GUCUAGAAGCCGAAAAGCUUCCAUUCGCUCCGAUGGUGAGUCGAGCAACGAAAUUACGACACAGUCGAAUGCGUCUUGUGUUGAAUAAAGUCGGAUAAGGGUUCGUGUAAGACGUUUUACUUGAGCUCUUUCAACUUCCAUGAAACUUUGCAUGAUAUCAGCAUGGGGUACACUAUCGAAGAUCGAUUCGUUACAUCCAGCCGGAAUGGCCAAAAGAUUGCUGUUUCCAUCUACAAACCCGACGGAAUGAAACACCCAGCACCCGUCAUCGUGAUGGGUCACGGCAUCGGAGCCAUCAAGGCCGCCGGCCUGGCUCCUUUCGCAAGCCACUUCACAGCCGAGGGUUACCCCGCCGUCACGUUCGACUACCUGGGCUUUGGCGAGAGCGAGGGCUUCCCACGGAACGUGCUCGACGUUGGGCAUCAGCUACAAGACUUUCGCGAUGUGAUCAAGUGGGUUCGGGAGCCGGAGCAGAACACGUGGGUCGACUCAUCACGCAUCGUUGUUUGGGGGAGUAGCUUCGGCGGCAUGCACACCACAGCUCUCAUGGCCGAAGACCACGAGCUGGCGGCCGGUGUAGCGCAAUGUCCUCUUGUUGACGGGUUGGCUGGUGUAACGCAGAUGCCGCUUCUCCGGUCCUUGAAGUUGACGAUGACGGCUGCUGCUGACAUCGUCGGAGCGUACGUUCUGGGGACGACGGAGCCGAAGUACGUUGAUCUCAUCAGCGAUGGGUCCACAACAGCUGUCAUGGCAUCACAAGAGGCUUAUGAUGGCUGGCAUCGUUUGGCGCCUGACGACGGGCGAGAUUGGCCCAAUUUUAUUGCUGGGCGAUCUCUUCUGAACAUAAUGAUAAAUCGGCCGUUGUUACACAUCCACAAGAGCACUCGCCCAUACUUGGUUGUUCUCUCUACCUGGGAUCACGAGGCAUCAUUAGGUGCUGCCGAGGACUGCGUCAGACGUGCUCCCUUUGGAGAAGCGUUGAGGGUCGAUGGUGGCCACUUUGACUUGUACAAGGGUGGAAUCGCGUUUGAGAAGAACAUUACUGGACAGAAAGAGUUUCUUAGACGCGUACUGAAUAAUAUUCAGUAGGUAAUUCCCGAUAUUGAAAUCGCGGCCAGGUUGAGCACAGUUGAAGGUGCCAAACUUUUCCGGCGUCAAAGUAAGAAGGCAUUUCAGGAAUCGGGAUAUUGAACAUGUUUCUACUGAACACGAAGUGAAUGGAAAUUGUUGGUAUUCCUUUCACAGGGAAGUUGGUUCGAGCCGUAGGGUCCUGGGGG